AUGCUCAUCUUGGCCCCACUCAUUCUGCUCGUGCUGUACUCCCUUCUCCCCUAUGACCAUGACUUGCGGUUGUCUGUCCGCUUCAACCUGAACGCCGCUGUCGCCGCUCUUCCCACGCCCUUCUCGAACCGCUGGUGGCUCGCCGAGAAGAAAGUCGCCUUCCCAGUAAAUCUGCGCGACGAGGUCGCCCUAGUGAUCAAGUCCGGCUACGGCACCAAAGGUCGCAUAGCGCCGUGGCUGCAAGCGCACGAGGCGGCGGAGUUUGACAACCUGUUGCUCGUCGGAGACUUUUCAACGCCGCCGGGACGCCCCUACGACUAUCAUGGCCGCCCAGUUCCGGUGCACGACGUCGUCGCCCAAAUGCUGCAGAACGGAUCGCUACCCGCUCAUCUGGUGCAUCCACGGCUUCUCAAGUAUUCGAAUCUGACUGCAGCCAUCGCCAGCGGAGACGACGACACCGCCCGUGGCCUCUCGAGGUCUUUUGGAUGGGAACUUGAUGCUUUGAAGUUCAUCGCUGGCCUGGAGCUAUGCUAUCAACAAAUGCCAGACAAGAAGUGGUACGUAAUGGCGGACGACGAUACCUAUCUUGUGCAGCCAUCGGUGCUGCGUCUGCUCGAACACCUGGACCCGACCGUGCCGUACUACGUCGGAAACGCGGUAGGCGACUACAAAGCCCGUUUCGCGCACGGAGGGUCCUCCUUGAUCCUCUCUCAAGCGACCAUGCGCACCCUUUUCACCGACCGCGCCGCCGUGUGGGACGCGCAUAUGGAGGCGCUCGAAGAAAAAUGGGGCGACAAGCUCGUCGCUACCGUAUUAAUUAAGAUUGGAAUUUACCUCGACGAACGGCAUGCCAUUUUCUUCAACGGAGAGCAACCGCCGAUCACGAAAAUCUCGGCGGAGCGAUUCUGCGCCCCGAUUGCCUCCUUCCACGGAUUGGCGGCUGCAUCGGACAUGCUCAGCGUUGGAGAAACGUUCGAACGCUUCGCCGAUCCCGUUCUGUGGAUUGACUUGUGGGAUCUGUAUCGUGCGCCGUCCUUCGACGCGCCCGUGCUCGGAACCGGACACGCAAAUUGGGAUUACGUGGGACGCUUGGAUGAGCACACGAUGAGCAUUAGCGAUGUGAUAUCGGCCGACAAUUGCCGCCGGAUCUGCCAGGGGCGCUCAAGCUUCUGUCUGGCUUGGACGUGGGAUUCACGGCAGCAGGCCUGUCAUCUGAGUCCGUGGAUGAUAGUAGGCGGGACGGCCAAGGGCAAGACCUCGGGGAUCAACGUGCCUCGCGCCAAGCGCCUUGCUGCGGAGUGUCGCUGA